ACCCCCGGAAUCUACAAUGGGCGACACCCCUUCCGGAAAUCUUGACCUUGGCAAUGACUCCCCAGGCGAGGUCACAGAAACGGCCAUGGACAGUUCGGUGUUCGAAGAAGAAUGCGACGCGGGCGCGGAAGGUUACGACCUCGGGGGAGGAGAGAGAAGCCGCAUCCGGAAGCAAGGUGCCAGUGACAUCGACGACGAAGGAGAGAGUUCAGGGAAGUCGGGGAUGACGUAUGUCUUCCCACCCAAAAACCCGCCGGAUCUCCCUUCUCGAAGAUACCGAAAUCCUCCUUUGAAGGACGCAGGUUCCUUAGCGAUCACCGUUUCUUCCGGGUCACAAGAAUCAAACGCACCGCCUCCAUACUCUACUCUCAAUACCCUGAGGGAAUCCGGCGUCAUACUUAGUGUCGAUGACCCAAAGCCAAGCUCGCCUGGAGUUACCUUCUCUGAUACUCCCUCUAUCCAUCCAGAGAGCACCAGAAAUGGAAGAGCAGAGAAACGUCUUAGUAUAUUUACGCUGAGAGGUCUGGUGGCAUCUGUCAUGGAUGCCCGUACCAUCUGGGAGACCCGUUACGUCCUGAAGGAGCGUAAGACCGUCAAGACGACCUUCCAAGGGCGCGUCUAUAACUUCCUUGAGAGGCCGACGGGAUGGAAGUGCUUCCUAUACCACUUCUCAGUGUUUAUGGCUGUGUUGAUCUGCCUGAUCUUCAGCGUUCUGUCCACCAUUUCACAGUACGAAGAAUUCGCCAAUGAAACCCUUUUUUGGAUGGAAAUUUGUUUGGUGGUUUUCUUUGGCGUGGAAUAUGCAGUGAGACUAUGGGCUGCAGGUUGCAGGUCGAAGUAUAUGGGACUGUUCGGCCGAAUACGUUUUAUACGAAAACCUAUUUGUAUAAUAGAUUUGAUAGUAGUGGUAGCGUCCAUUGUUGUGCUCUGUGUCGGUUCGAAUGGGCAGGUGUUCGCAACGUCUGCCAUCCGAGGGAUUCGUUUCCUUCAGAUACUUCGGAUGCUCCACGUAGACAGACAAGGAGGAACCUGGAGGCUCUUAGGAUCCGUCGUAUUCAUUCACAGACAGGAGCUGAUCACGACACUGUACAUAGGGUUCCUGGGCCUCAUCUUUUCGUCCUAUUUCGUGUAUCUGGCAGAAAAGAAGGACGACGAAAACCCCGACAGCGCAGAACAAGAUGACGAUCGGGGAGAUUUUAACAGUUACGCCGAUGCCCUCUGGUGGGGUGUGAUUACAGUGACCACCAUUGGAUAUGGCGACACCGUACCUCGAACGUGGAUGGGAAAGAUCGUAGCUUCUUGUUUUAGCGUAUUUGCCAUCUCUUUCUUUGCACUGCCAGCGGGUAUCCUGGGAUCUGGCUUCGCUUUAAAGGUUCAACAGAAGCAAAGACAAAAACACUUUAAUAGACAAAUCCCAGCUGCGGCAAUGCUCAUACAGUGUUUGUGGCGUUGCUAUGCGGCCGAUAAACAUUUCAACUCGACGGCGACAUGGAAAAUUCAUUUAAAAGAUCCGUCGCCCAAUAACCACUCACAGUCCACACCACUAAGCAAGGAGAGUUCUCUCAAUACACCACUAAGCAAGAUGGCAAAGAGAGCCAGUGUUCUGAGAAGGCGCAAGUCAAAGAGUAAGAUGGACGUAUCAACUGCGCCAGAGAAUUCCGGUAGGAGAGACAGCGACGGGGACAUGGUCUUCUAUGUAGAAGAACCUCGAGCAGAGGAGGUGGCGCGAAGGUGGUCGUCCAUGGCUCGCUUGAGGGGCAUGUUGGGCUGUGUGUCGCCCGGCACGGAGACCGCAGGAGCGCCGCCCCCAGCCCUCUUGGGCAACCCAGGACGAGGCAGGGGGCUGGCCAGGUCACGCAGCUACGAAUGUACAGCUGGCACCCCCAAUCGAAUUCGGAGAGAUGGUGGGUCGAGAGGAUCGGCACUGCACAGCCAGGCAUCUUCAGUUACGGAAAUGGCGUCCGACGAGAUAGACAUUGAUAUAGAUGAGCCCCAGGGCUUCACCUCGCUGACGGAGGCCCACCGGAACGCUAUCAGAGCCAUAAGGAAAAUCAAGUACUUCGUUGCAAGAAGGAAGUUCCAGCAGGCUAGAAAACCAUACGAUGUAAGAGACGUUAUUGAACAAUACAGCCAGGGACAUCUCAACAUGAUGGUCAGGAUAAAGGAACUGCAACGAAGGCUGGAUCAGACACUCGGUAAGCCUGGAAGUUACCUUGCAGGUAUCGACAAGUCAGGAAAUGUCAAGCCUAUGACCAUAGGAGCUCGAUUAUACAGAGUUGAGCAACAGCUGCUUUUGCUCGACAAGAAGUUGGACCAGAUGCUCUUCAUAUGCAAUGCAUUAGCGCAGAAGACGCAGCUUCCCGAGAUAAGAAACUCCGAUGACCAUGUAUAGCGAAGCCUACGUGGACAUAUCAAUAUUUGUUGGUUUGUUUGAUUACUAGUCUGUUUUUCUAGUCUUGUACUUGAUUCAUGUGUGAUUCUUAAUUCAUAUGUGACCUUGAUCAUUCAGAGAGGGUCCUAUAGAGUAUGUAACUCAUAACUCAUAUGACGUACACUCGUUUUGCUGACUGAAUUCGAGAUCAUCUGGUUUCGUUUGAGAUUAACAGCUGAUCACCUCCUGGCUACCUUAUCUGUCUACGAAAGAUCUAAAAGAAAUUUCAAACCAGAAGAAAUAAAAAAAGAAAGAAAGAAAAAAGCCAAGACUCGAAUUCCAGCUCUUUUAACUUGACGCAUGAUAUACGGUUGGCUACCCUGAUCAUUUUGCCUGUUUCAUAAAAGGAGAGUAUGCUUUUUCGUCAAAAAGACCGUUAUUUGUAAAUCUAAAUCUUUCGAUGAUAAUGAUACAAAAAUUGUAGAGACUUUCCAUAAAACUAAUUCAAAAUUAAAAGCAAUCUGAGCAUCCGAUCCAGACAGCCUUUUCAAACUGGUAUGACCCCCAAGAUCUAUAGUGCAGUCUUCUUAAGAUCAUGUCUGUAACAGAGCGCCGAUUGGUGUAUUACUGAAUAUUCUGCUAUCUGUCCAAAAGUGCAACAGUGGAAUUAGGCUUUGUGAAUAAUUACACGAGUCUCUGUACGGUGAUUUAAAAACUUAUAAGGAAAAAUUACAUAAUGGCAAUCACUGUUUUAGCAUAAAUGAAAAUCCCAUCAAUUUGUCUCCGUAUAUUACAAGACAUUAGCAACCUCAAAUAUGAACAGACGACGAAAUAAAGGGAGAGUAGAUUCCGUGAAGACAGACCUAAAUGAAGGUGAAAUGGUCAAAAAGGUCCUCAAAAUUAUCUCCUAAAUUGCACGAUGACAGAAGUCCUUAUCAGCGUAUAGUUGCUGAUUCAUGUGUCCUUCCCGAAAACUUCAUGUGGAACGGGAAAUUGGUCUAGUUUGAUUUUCCUAAGGCUGUGAAAAAUAAUCCAAUUUCAAAUUGUGUCUUGUACGACAACAGAAAACAUUUAUGCUGCAAAGCAAACAAUUAUUUCAUUACACUACAAACAAUAUCUGGUUUCAUUACCUGGAACUAAUUCAGUCCUGUCGUCCUUCCUGCCAAUAAUUAAAGCGAUUGCAGGCCUUACUUUGUCGUUCACAAGGGAAGAUGCUACAUAAUUAAAAUGGCCUAUUCAUCAUAUUUUAUCCGAAUUCAGUCCAAGUUCAUGGGAGUUUUUCUCUCACCAGAACAUCAUACAAGCUAGGGCGUUCUUCCUGCUAUUAGAUGAUAUAUACACACUUAUUACGAUAGAAUGUGAUUAACAUUACUGCUUGAUCAAAUAUAAGAAUACUAUUACGAAUUAUCUCUAAAACCAUACAUGAACAGAGUAAUAAAAAAUAAUGCUGACGUAUGAAUAGCAGUGAAUAUUUCACUUAAAAUCACAAUUGGUAGGCUAACAAAGAUUGGAAAACGACAACCAUAACGUGAAUGUAAAUGACAUCCAAGGGUUGAAUACUGAGGCACAGUGUUAUUUACCAGAAGGUCAGUAAGAUGCGAUUCCGAAAGAAAAGAAUAAUCUAAUUCAGUCAGUACCACAUUUAUCAAUAAACUGUUUUACGGAAAAGAAUAAUCCAAUUCAGUCAGUACCACAUUUUUCAAUAAACUGUUUUAUAGAUUUAAAGAUUCCUUUACGCAUCUCUAUCUCUCUUAACGGCGAGGACAUGAUAAUAAAUCAGUAAAAGAUCAAUGGUAAAAAAAAUCUAUAUCAAAUUACUAUGUCACCAAAGACCAAAGGAUCCAAGUCGUCUACUUCUCUGGAUUACUGCCAGUAUUUCAAAAUGUGUUGGCCAUUUUACAAAGGUCGACGGAGAUACUUAUCACUGUAACAUAAAAGGCAAGGACAUUGUUAUCUAGAGAUCAAAUAAUGCGAUUAUAAAAUUAUGCAAACGUUAGGUCUUAUUACCAAACGAUAACUACUCAGAUCCUGCGACUCAGGAGAGAGUUGAUUGGAAGUCAGCAAUGUUAGUAAGCUUCAUGACUUACUUCAAAUUUAUGAAAAAAAUAAGAGAUUUUUUAGCAACGGACAAAAGUGUAACUUUUGUUAUUUACAGGAAGUAUCACGAUUAACAUUCAAGGGCUGUCAAAAACAGGAGAGAAAAGUUUUCUAUUGUUUAACAAUAAAUGAAUAAAUCAAUUAUUCAUAUUCCACGUUCGCUAUUUUGACAUAGCAUGAACAGAUGAAACAUUGUAUGGAUGGCCUGUAUAUUACUUGGAGUUUCUAAUCUUAUGUGCAAUUCUCUGUCCCCAUUUUUGCAAGGUUAUAUCUUGUUAUUUACUCUUUAGAAUGAGAUUUGUCUUAUCAAGAUUUAUUACUGCGGUUACCGCUGUGGAGGUGUGCAGUGCAUUCGGAGUCACUUGUAUAUAAGCAACAUUAUAAGCGCUAGACUGUUUUAAAAAUUAGUGAUAAACUCUUCCCAAAUAUAUAGUAUUUUGCUGAACAAUCAUGUAUUUAGAAAACUAAUUAUAAAAGCCAAAGGCCUCUAUUUGUGUAACCAUGUGUGUCCUGGAACGAGGUAUCCGGAGCGCUGGACAGUAGGACCAAUCGCUAUUACCUGUAAAUAGGCAACAUUUCAAUUUUCCCUGUCCGGUUCAAAACAGGUCGGCGAAUCUGUUGUGGUAAUCCCCAGAGAUAUGUUUGACAAUGGUGAAGGAAAAACAACUCUUCUUCUCUUUUUAUUGUCAGGAGUAAUCAUGGAAACAUGACAAGCAUUAUAAACAUUUUCUGUCAUUAUCCGUCUUCAAAAACUCUCACACAUGGACGAUGUCCAAUUCAAAUAUUUCAAAGGACAUCUUAUAUCAGUUAAAUCGUGCAUCACUGACCACGACGAGUCUCUAUAUUGGAACCGAAUAAAGUUAUCUGAUAACUGAAGUCAGUUUUGUCAGAAACCAUCUAAUGUUUCUGCACUAUUCCAAAGGUGCAGUUAUUCCAACACUUUUUUUUUUUUUUAAUCGGUGGCUUGAAAUAAAAAAUUAUGUGUGUGUCAUGUAAAUAGACUUCAAACUUCAAAUCAUAACCGAGUCCGUACUAAAUUUCAAGUUCACCUCCAUGAGUUACUCAAGUGUAUAAAUGACCCAGUCCGAUCUGCUUUUGUCCACUUUGUAAUAUAUAGGUAUACUCUGUGAAAUAGAGCCUCAUAUGCGGUCCCGGGAAUAACCCGUAAAUGAUCAGCGAUUUGGUAAGACGAGGAAGGUAAACAUAUGUUUAUUUUCGCAUGCAUUCGUUUG